CUUGGACUCGGAAACAGGAAGCAGCGUCACCGAGCGCGAUCAUGGCGCUGGGCCGCUGAGCAGGGGUGGUGGAGAAAGAGCCGGGAGGUGGUGCUCGGCUAGGCGGGGCUGGGAGGUAGGCCGGAGGCGGCGGGCCCCGCGAGGCCCACCGGGCAGCAAGGCCGCCCAGCUAGACAGGAAGGAAGGGAGGAGCACCCGCCGCCGCCAUGGCCUCCAUUCUGGACCAGUACGUGGACUCGCUUUCUCACUCCGCCUCCUCGCAGCAGAGCCGCACCAGCCUGGGCAUUCCGCACACCGGGUAUGUGAAUGCUCGGCUAGAAAAGGAGACACCAAUUUUUAACAAACAGAGGAUUGAUUUCACCCCACCCGAAAAAAUUAAUAGCCUAGUGGUCUCAUCUAAUCAGCUGUGCAUGAGUCUUGGAAAAGACAUAAUUUUCAGAAUUGAUCUUGCCAAAGCAGAUGAGCCUAACCAGGUAGAGCUUGGGCGAAAGGAUGAAGCCAAAGUUCACAAGCUCUUUUUGGACCAUACAGGAUCUCACCUUAUCAUCGCCUUGAAUACCAGUGAAUGCCUUUAUUUGAACCGAAGUGUUCAGAAGGUGCGACUCUUGUCCCGCUGGAAAGGUCAUUUGAUUGAAAGUGUGGGCUGGAACAAGUUCUUUGGUUCAGAGACGAACACAGGCCCCAUUUUGGUUGGAACCUCCCAAGGCCAAAUGUACGAGACUGAGAUUUCUGUCAGUGAGGGCAGCCUCUUUGGCACUAACCCCGACCAAUAUUUCCGCCUCAUUUAUAACUUGGAGGAGGAGGCAGGGCCUGCUCCAGUCUGCUGUCUAGAGGUAGAACGAGGGAUUGAUGGGAAGUGCUUCAUCAUCGCCACCACUCGUAAGAGGCUUUUCCAGUUUGUCGGCAAGGUGCCCGAAGGAGGAGAGCAGCAGGCCUUUGGCACGAUCUUUAGCAUGCCUGCAGACCACCUGCCUGGCUUUCGUGAGUUUCCAGCUGACCUUGGCUACAGCGAAAUAGCAUUCUAUACUCCAAAGCUUCGCUCCUCUCCAAGCGCUUUUGCUUGGAUGAUGGGAAACGGGGUCUUGUAUGGAUCGCUGGACUAUGGACGUCCUGACUCUAUUCUGAGCGAUGAGCAGGUUUGGGAGUAUCCUUCUGAUGUAGAUGGAGCAGCCAACAAGCCCAUUUCUAUAGUGCUCACUCAGUUCCAUUUUCUGCUGCUCUUUCCUGAUAGAGUGAAGGCCGUGUGCACUUUGAAUGGACAGGUUGUCUUCCAGGAUGUGUUCUUGGAAAAGUUUGGCUCACUGAAGCGAAUGAUCAAAGACCCCUCAUUUGGGCAAAUCUGGAUUCACACAGAAAAGGUUGUGUUUCGAUACAAUGUGCAGCGUGAAUCCCGAGAUGUGUGGAAGAUGUACAUGAAUAUUAACAAGUUUGAUUUGGCCAAAGAGUACUGCAAGGACCGCCCUGAGUGCCUGGAUAUUGUGCUGGCAAAGGAGGCGGAAUACUGCUUCCAGAACAAGAAAUAUCUGGAUAGUGCUAAGUGUUAUGCAUUGACCCAAAAUUAUUUUGAGGAGAUUGCCCUUAAGUUCAUUGAGGCCAAGCAGGAAGAAGCACUGAUGGAAUUUCUGCUGAAGAAACUGGCUAGCUUGAAGCCCUCGGAAAAGACUCAGACAACCCUCCUAACCACCUGGUUGACAGAGCUGUAUUUGAAUCGCCUGGGGGUGCUGCAAGGGGACUCUUCAAAACGGGACCUCUAUGAGAGGACCCGGGACAAGUUCCGUAGCUUCUUGGGCAGCCCCAGAAAUAAAGAUUGCUUGUUCAACAACCGGGCAACCAUUCAUGAGCUGUUGGCAAGCCACGGAGACACGGAACACAUGGUACACUUUGCUGUCAUCAUGCAUGACUAUGAGCGGGUGAUAGCACACUACUGCCAGCAUGACAACUACAACGAAGCACUUGAAGUCCUGUCCAGAAUCAAGAAUGAGAUGCUCUUCUACAAGUUCUCUCCAGUCUUGAUCCAGCAUAUCCCCAGGAAAGUGGUGAAUGCUUGGAUUGAGAUGGGCAAGAACCUGGAUGCAACGAACCUCAUCCCUGCCCUUGUCAACUACAGUCAGAGUGAGAGCACCCAGCAGAUCAGUGAAGCCAUUCGCUACAUGGAGUUUUGUGUGCAUGAGCUGAAGGAAACACAGCAGGCCAUUCACAACUACCUGCUGUCGCUCUAUGCUUCCUGUCGCCCUGACUCACUGUUGUCAUACCUAGAACAAGCUGGAACCCGCGCCGACAACAUCCAUUAUGACCUGAAGUAUGCGCUCCGCCUGUGUGCAGAACAUGGACAUCACCGAGCUUGCGUCCAUGUGUACAAAGUUAUGGAGAUGUAUGAAGAAGCUGUGGAUCUGGCAUUGCAGGUGGAUGUAGAUAUGGCAAAGUCCUGUGCAGACCUCCCUGAUGAGGAUGAGGAGCUGCGGAAGAAGCUCUGGCUGAAAAUUGCACGCCACGUUGUCCAGGAAGAGAAGGAUGUCAAGAAGGCCAUGGCCUGCCUUUCUAGCUGCAACCUCUUGAAGAUCGAAGAUGUCCUUCCAUUUUUCCCAGACUUUGUCACUAUUGAUCACUUCAAAGAAGCCAUCUGCAACUCUCUAGAGGCCUACAACAAGCAUAUAGAGGAGCUGAAGACAGAGAUGGAGGAAGCAACGCAGAGUGCCAAAAGGAUCCGGGAGGACAUUCAGGAGAUGAGGAACAAAUAUGGCUCAGUGGAACCACAGGAGAAGUGUGCAGCGUGUGACUUUCCGCUCCUUAACCGCCCCUUUUAUCUCUUCCUCUGUGGCCACAUGUUCCACUAUGAUUGCCUUCUCCAGGCAGUUUAUCCAAACUUGCCAGCCUAUAAGCAGAUUAAACUGGAGGACCUUCAGAAGAAGCUUUCGGCCACAAGCCAACCCUCCAAAUCCCAUCACUGCCCUAAAGGGACAGAUCCUGCUGGCCAAGGAAAAAGCCAGCCUAGUCGGGAACAGAUGAAAGCUGACAUUGAUGAUAUCGUGGCAGCUGAAUGUGUAUAUUGCGGAGAGCUAAUGAUCCAGUCCAUUGACAAGCCUUUCAUUGAUCCACAGAGGUAUGAAGAAGAGAUGCAGAGCUGGCUGUAGAGUCAGCAUCUCAUGAAACUGCCUGCAAAGCAUGAAUGUUGGCAGCUAAUGUCCAGACAUCUUAAACCAAAUGGUUUCUAAAGAGGUUUGAAAAAGCAUUACACAGGUCUUGCUUCCCUGUGAGUGAGGCCUGCAGGCUGGGUUGUCCGUGAUGAUCAUUGCUACUGAAACAUGUUGGCUUCUGGUGGCUGAAUUAAGAACUCUGCAAAACACUCUUAACAGCUGCCUCCGUCAGAUUUCAAUAGAGAGGUUCUUGCACAUAAACACUGAAUGGAAGGUUAUCUUUUUGAGAAAGAACUGAAAACUUUGUUUCCUGGCUGGGCUGUUGCCAUAUUUCUGUGAAGAAUUAGGCAAUGGUGUGAAUAUCCAGCAGCAUAAACUUGUAUUGUUUUCAAAUAUGGAGCUUCCCCUUUCGUUAUACAACAUAAUUUGUAUUAUGUUGGAAGCAUAAUACCCCAAGUCAUGCUCCUGAACACAAAUCCAUUGUAUUAAUGCAGUAUGGAAGCUUCAGUGUGUGCGUUUCUCAGGCAAAGCAGUUUGAUGUAAAUGCUACACUUUUAUUCUUGUUCUUUCGGGAUUGUAUCAUCCUGUUUUCCUAGUUUUCUGAAAAGUUAUUUUGGAUAGCUGCAAACUAUUGCAUUUCCUGUAGGAUCCCCUCCCCCCCUUUGUUCGCAGUAAACAGAAUAAAUGAUGGCACUACAAUUAAAAAUAUUUGUGCAGAAUUCAGAUAAAAUCCAUUCUACCCUUGUUGCAUUUUGUACUGCACAUGCAGUCUUUCACUUGGCUGUUUGCAUUUCCUCAGUUUAGAGUAGCACUUGGCCACAAAUGAGUUAACACUAGCAUCCCUCAGGCACUACCAUCUGCACAUCCCUGUGGACUGAUGUUCUUAAAACACAGACUUGAACAUUUGUGCCACCUGCCGCAAACCCUGUGGUUGGAUCGGGACCAUUCAUUAUUCAGUUCUCGUGAUCCUUAAAUGACUAUGGGGAAAUGGAAAAUUGCUCCAGCAGUUGAAUGUGGGUUUAGAGCUAAAAGUUAUUGUUUUCUAAGAGUAUUAUGCUUUCUGUACACUGGAGAAGAGACUUUAGGUGACAAGGAAUGCCAGCAAAUGUGUCAGAGGAAUUUUGUGACUAAAUCUGUUUUUCCUGUUGACUCAGAUUGGUUCUGAAUUGCCUUUAAUAAUGAGCAAGAUGAUAUCUGUAUCAGAAGGUUUGUGGUGAAGCCCCUUCAAGGGAUGUGCCUCAGUUAUUGAUUAUGAUUUUUUUAACCUGCACAUUAAAAAUCGCUGAAAUGAC